AUGGCGAACAACCCCAAGAACCACUCUGUCACUGAUGGCGAACAACUAAACUACACUCAUCACAAAUCGCGGUUGAAGUUAAUAAAGAUGAGGCUGGAGACGAUAUGCAAGAAAAGGAGCGCGGUGCAGAAAUUUCUGAAGAAAGACAUUGCCGACCUUCUUAGGAGUGCCCUUGAUUACAAUGCAUAUGGAAGGGCUGAAGGAGUUCUGGUCGAGCAAAAUCUGACGUUUUGCUAUGAAAUCAUUGGAAAAUUUACUACUUGCAUAUUGGGUCACGUUGGAGACCUUUGUAAGCAGAGGGAUUGCCCCGCUGAAUGCAAAGAAGCUAUACAGUCAUUGAUAUAUGCUGCAGCAAGAUUUUCUGAUCUGCCGGAACUACGCGAGCUCAGAAGCUUGUUCACCGGGAAAUUUGGGAAUUCUCUUGAACUUUACAUAAGUAAAGAGUUUGUUGAAAAGUUGAGGCAGUAUCCUCCUUCGAAAGAGAUGAAGAUCCAGCUGUUGCAUGAUGUAGCGCAAGAGUUCUCUAUAGAAUGGAAUAGCAAGGCUUUGGAGCAGAGACUUCACUCACCGCCUCAGUUACAUUUAGUAAGUUUUACUUAUACACUAUCAAGUUUAAGAAUGCUUUUGGCUUACCUCAGCUUUUACAGCUAUGUUCACAAAAGUGAUUACUUAUUCCAAGCAUCCUUCUUGUUGAAGGGGAAGGCUAAACCUGAUCUACUAAAUGAUCAUGAGGAUCACAAGAACAAUGAUGUCUCCCUAUUUGAAGGAAAGAAGGAUACCAGUGAUGCCUAUUGGAGGUCGCCACGAAGCAGCACUGAAGAUGACAAUUCAUCGCUGGACGGCCAUAAUAAGGCUUGUUCAAGUUCAUUAGGAAGCGUAUCAGAGGAUGAAACAGAAAUUAAGAGGCCAUUUUCCUACAACCUUGUUCCACCUCCUUAUGUGAAACAAAAAUUGAAGAAAGGUGAAAGUAAUAUGAACAAACCAACAAAAUCAGAAGAAGCUCUCAAGCUACCACACGAGGAUAACAAUACUUUUUCAGAUUCUAAAACGUGUGGCACUGCAAAGCUAGAAGACUCAAGUGGAAAGGAGUCAGAGAAAGCAAAGAAACAACCCCAACAGACUAAACCUGCAGAAGAAGAAAAAGAAAGAACAGUGGAUGGGCUCUUAAUGCAUUACACUAGGAAACAAUCUCAUCAUCCUUGUUUUCAACAUGACAAGGGACCAGAAAUGGUGAGGAGGACAGCGAGACAUGUGCAUCCUAGUCUGCCAGAUUAUGAUGAUUUGUUGGCUCGUCUUGCAGCUCUCAAGAAGACAACCCAACCAGCCUAGACUAACCAGCAUCACAUCUUUUAUUUCCUGAUUUAUUGUUAAUCCAACCUCUCACCGGCCACUGACAAAUAGUUCUU